AUGCUCCUUUUCAAUGUGUCGAAUUUCUUCUUUCGAUUCAGUCCAUCAGCAUUGGAUAAGUCAUCGGUGAAUAUCUAUCUAUCUAUCUAUCAUCUAUCUAUCUAUCUAUCUAUCUAUCUAUCUCAUUCCAUUCGUAUCUCUAUCUAUCUCAUCCCAUUCGUAUAUCUAUCUAUCUAUCUAUCUAUCUAUCUAUCUAUCCAUCCAUCCAUCUAUCUCAUUCCGUUCAUUAUCCAUCCAUCUAUCUAUCUAUCUAUCUAUCCUAUCUAUCUAUCUAUCUCAUUCUGUUCAUUAUCUAUCUAUCCAUCUAUCUAUCCAUCUAUCCAUCUAUCUAUCCAUCUAUCUAUCUCAUUCUGUUCAUUAUCUAUCUAUCCAUCUAUCUAUCCAUCUAUCUAUCCAUCUAUCUAUCUCAUUCUGUUCAUUAUCUAUCUAUAUCUAUCUAUCUAUCUAUCUAUCUAUCUAUCUAUCAUCUAUCAUCUAUCUCAUUCCGUUCAUUAUCCAUAUCUAUCUAUCCAUCUCAUCUAUCUAUCUAUCUAUCUAUCUCAUUCUGUUCAUUAUCUAUCUAUCUAUCUAUCUAUCUAUCUAUCUAUCUAUCUAUCUAUCUCAUUCUGUUCAUUAUCUAUCUAUCAUCUAUCUAUCUAUCUAUCUAUCUAUCUAUCUAUCUAUCUAUCUAUCUAUCUAUCUCAUUCCGUUCAUUAUCUAUCUAUCUAUCUAUCUAUCUAUCUAUCUAUCUAUCUAUCUAUCUAUCUAUCAGUUUCUGUGUGGACAUACUGCCGGACUCUCCUCCUGUCUCUCUCUCCCCCUCCUUCUAUCUAUCUAUCUAUCUAUCUAUCUAUCUAUCUAUCAAUCUAUCUAUCUCAUUCUGGUCACCAUCUAUCUAUCUAUCUAUCUAUCUAUCUAUCUAUCUAUCUCAUUCUGGUCAUCUAUCUAUCUAUCUAUCUAUCUAUCUAUCUAUCUAUCUAUCUCAUUCUGGUCACUAUCUAUCUAUCUAUCUAUCUAUCUAUCUAUCUAAUUCUGGUCAUUACCUACCUAUCUCAUUCUGGUCGUUAUCUAUCUAUCUAUCUAUCUAUCUAUCUAUCUAUCUAUCUAUCUAUCUAUCUAUCUAUCUCAGAAUUUCCACUUUGCUCCGGCCCUGGGGAUCGAGCUGAGUUAAUAUUCGUUCUUUUAAUCAUCAUUUUCUUUCUUUCUUUCUUUCUUUCUUUAUUUCUUUCUUUCUUUCUUUCUUUAUUUCUUUCUUUCAAUGCUUAUCAUUCUUUUCUUUCCUUCUUAAUUUGCUCAUCGUCUUCGUUCAUUCGUCUUUUUUUCUCGCUUUUUUUGCUCAUUAGUUUCUUUCUUUCUUUCUUUUUUUCUUUCUUUCUUUCUUUUUUUCUUUCGUUCUUUCUUUCUUUUUUCUUUCGUUCUUUCUUUCUUUCUUUCUUUCGUUCUUUCUUUGUUAUUCGUCAUUUUCUUUGUUUCUUUGUUUCUUUGCUCAUCAUUUUCUUUCUCUAUUUCAAGUAG